CACCAGCUGUAGACCAGGUGUAGGCAAGAACGCACCUAAACGCCAAUAUGGAUAUCAUAGGAGCGCUUGGAAGUGGAGGAAUGGGGAUGGCAGACAUGGCGUGGAACAUCAAGUGUCGAGAGGAGGAUAUGGAGUUCCGCCGACGAGAGCUGCAGUGGCGUCAGGAAGAGGUUUGGUGGCGAGGCGUAAACGAUCGAAAGCGCGAGGUAGAGGAGAAGGCGAAGCAGCUAGAGCAGGUGGCUUCGCUGUCCGCCCUCAUCGCCGGGUUCGCCCUAGUCGCGAUGGUGGAGGUUAACAUCCCGAGUGACGUGAACGCGGUGCUCUUGAUAUUCUUCGGGUCGACCGCGGCGUCCGUGGUCGGGCUGAUGCUGCUGGCGAUGUUGAGCUCUACAUUCAUGCUGGUGGCCAUCAUGAAGUACGACGUCAAGGCCAAGGACCGCCAUUACCCCUCCUUCCAGCGCUUCUGGGCGAGCCGGUGUGAGAGUGACUGGCGUUUCAGUUUUCGGGCCUUCAACAUCGGCAUCCCCCUGUUCAUGGGCGUUUUGGCGGAGGUGGGCUGGAUCACCCUCGACGAUGGCUCCGUCGCGCACCGCGUCGCCGCCGGCGCGAUCUCCGUGAUCGCCCUCUUGUCCACCCUCAUCUUCUACGCCUACACCUACCGCAAGUGGGGGCCGUUCUUGUCCAAUGCCAAGCUCGACCUCCACAUCAUACAGGUGCAGGACGAGGAGGAGGACGAGGAGGAGGAGGAAGAGGAGGUGGCCGGCCACGGUGGUAAAAACGGGGGGGACGUUCGAUGGAGGAGGGUAGGGGAGGGUGGGGGUGCUGGAGCAGGUGCGCGGAGGGCGGCGACGGGAGCCGUUCUUUCCAGAACAUGACCCAGUGGCGCCACAUGCCGGCGGGGAGUCGCCAGCGGUUGGUGCCAUCGACUUGUCGCGCAAAACUGCAAGAGCCCCAUUGUAUCAUGUUUAUUAGAGGGAUGGGAUGUUUCAGUCCACGUCGGUGCUUGGUAGGAGAGGGAGAGAGGUCCUAUCGUUCUGCGAUCGGGUGUUUCGUGCUUGUGUAAUCAGGGCCACGCCCGAAAGCUGCUUGCACGGGCGGUGGUUGCGUACCGGUUGGAUGAAUGCGUGUUGUACACGUUGCGAUAUGUUGUUUGUCGUUCGUGUCACCCUUGAGUGAACAUACGGUACGAACGUGUAAAUAUGUGACAGUAGCAAACUUGGUAUUUCUUGUAUGCCGACGAGUGAUCUGACGCAGCUCAUGCUUUUGACAGUGUGCUGAGAGUGAGGAGAAAGACGGCCACGAGUUGUGGCAGGGGAUGCAAACCAAAGCGCGACCAAUGGCCUGAGGCAAAGGCUGAAA